AUGUCGCAAACCCUGACUCGCGCGGACUCCGUCGAGGAACAAGACCCUCAUAAUGCCAAAGAAGAGAAGAAACCCAAGAGCAGAAGACCAGCAAAUACCGCAUUUCGGCAACAGCGAUUAAAGGCAUGGCACCCGGAGAAAGUUGGCGGUAACCAGGGUAGUAAUGAAACCGAAACAUUUCAUAUGACAAAUGAAGGAAUAUCUUGGGCAUCGGAUCGCGAAUUAUACAGGCCUACCGAAUACAAUUUCGAUCAAGUCGUGCCGCCCCCGAACUGGAAAGAAUUGUACCCCGAUGGCUACACAAAGGAUUAUCCGCCGCCAAAUUUACAAACUUGGGAGGAAUUCCAGGUAUGGAUGAGAACUGCUGGCUUGCCAACCUUUAGCAAGAUGGCAAGACGAGAUGAUAAUAGAACUAUGGCUGCUGGUAGCUACCGUAUUGACAUUCUGGAUAAUUUCCGUGUUGAAAAGUAUGAUGGAACAAAAUCAAUCGUUCUCACAACCACUACAGUGAUGGGCGGGAAAAACCCGUUCAUGGGAAUUGCAUAUGUGGUUGUGGGUGGACUCUGUAUUGUGCUGGGUGCGCUAUUUACUCUUGCACAUCUCAUCAAGCCAAGAAAACUUGGAGAUCAUAGAUAUCUCACUUGGAAUAAUGAGCAGCCUUCUACCGCAGUGGCAACAGGACGUGAGGCUAGGUUCAAUGACUAA